AUGGCACGGCAGCCUCCAAUCCAAUUCAUAGAAGCAGCGCUAUGGUGCACAGGCCCUUUUGAGCUAUCCUACACAGACCCUGACCAGAAAUGGCACAUAAGAAGAGACAUGCUCUCACUCCUCCAAGACUUCCCCAACCUCAGCCCUUCAAUGAAAACCUACAUCCACAAUGAUGGCACGAUCGUGAACCUCCUCAAUGCCUAUGGCACAAUCCAUGUCUCCAGCUCUUCUCCCCAAGUCCCCCUCACCAUUUGGCUCCACGAGAACUACCCUUACACGGCCCCAAUCGUGUUCGUGGGCCAGCCGGGCAUUGCCCCCUCCUCGACGAUCCACGGUGAGCACCCCUUCGUCGACCCCUCGGGGCUCACCGUGUCGCCGUAUAUCCGAACCUGGCAAUUCCCUAGGUGCAACCUCAAAGACCUUGUCCACAACCUUGUCAAGAUAUUCUCUCGUGACCACCCUUUUUCCUGUUCACCCACUUCUAGUCCCUUCACCCACCCUUCCAUGGUCUCGAAGAAGGAGGCGCUUGAUCGACUUGCGGGGAUGCUUCACUACAGCACCGUGGCCUUGAGGUCAGAGACCGACGAGGAGAUCAAGGAGCUACUGGCCUUGCAAGAGGAAAUGGACCAGCGGGUCGCAAUCGUGACAACUAUAGUCCAAGGGCUCGAGCGCGAGAGGUGGGAAUUGAGGGAUAGGGUGGUAGGGUUGGCCGAGGAAGCCGAUGUCUUGAUCAACUGGCUCAAAGUCCACGACACGAAACGGGCCGCGGCCACGGGGGAUGACAACGUAGAUGAUUUGUUUGAAGGAGUUGAUGAGGAGUCCAAGUCGAGGGUCCAGUGCUUGGCUGCAGAAAUGUCUAUAGAGGAUACUAUCUAUGCAUUGGAUAAAGCAGUUGAUGAAGGGGCUGUGAGUUGUGAGACUUAUAUUAGGCAAGUGAGGAAUUUGGCAAGAGAACAGUUUUUCCACAGAGCCAUGGUAGUCAAAUUUGAGACGUCUCAUCAACUUUUAUAG